AUGGUGGGAAGGGAAGCACUUCCUGGGGGAAACUGGGCAACUUCCUUGCUCUGGGAACUCUGCCACUCUCCCUCAUUUCCCCUCCAGGUGCCGGCCAUUGUGAGGUCCAUCCACCAGCGCCUCACAUCCCACAUGUCUCCAGAUGUCAGGAUGCACACUGACAUCCGCAGGCUGGCUGAGGCACACCCUCGUGAGAUGGUGACAACUCUUCUGUGCUGUGCCCCAGCAUGUGACAGAGCUGCUGCAGUGAUGUGGAGCAGCAUCGCCUUCUCAGGAACAGCAGUGGAGAAGGUGCUGCCCACACUGCUUGAAGCAAUGCAGGACUGGCCAGUGCACAACGUGUCCACAUCUGAUGGCGACAACACACACGUCUCUUCCCUAGCUGCAACCCUGGCACUGCGGCUCAUCAUCCAGGAGCCCAAGUGCCAAGAUGCAGUUUUCAAUUAUGUCCCCCAUCUUCUUGUGGCUUUGCUCAUCCAAAUUUCCAUGAGCACAGACCAGAUGCCAGAAGAGGUCAAUGCUUUCUGGAGGGGAUGCCAGGAGGAACAUGGCCUUCCCGCCAACCCCAACAGGUUUGCAGUACAGACCCUGAAGGCUCUGCUCUGCCGCCUGCAAUGGGAGAAUGAGGUGGUGGCCAUUGAACAGAAGUGUGGCUGGGAGACACUGCUGUGUUCAGACACCCACCAUUAUGCAGUGGGGCUGCUGGCCAGGGAGAUGCGCCAUGUCUUGGUGCCCUUCCAUUCGCAGAUAGCAAUCCACCUGCUCGGACUGCUCAGCAGGGAGGAGCCCCUCUGGGAGCUCCCUGCCCUGGCGUUCCUUGUAGAGAUCCUGGACUAUCUGGAUGGGACAAAGUGUCAUGAGAGGGUCCUGCCCAUCCUAUCAAGGAACCUGCAGAGCCAGUGCCCUGAGCGGCGGCGCCUGGCACUGAGAGGGCUCCUUGUUCUCAGUGUGGAACCCUUGAUGGUGAGAAAGGGACACCCGGCUGAAGCCACACUGGCAGCCUGGGCCUGGGGAGUGCAGUAG